AUGAAACUACCAGCGGAAAUCAUCGAGUUAAUAGCAGGACAUUUACCCAAUGAUGACCAAUACAAAUGUCUGACUCUUUCCAAGCCUUGGUUUGAAUCCGUCCAUCGAGCCAUGUACAAGGUGAUCCACAUCAAAAACCGACAUCAAUUCAGACGCUUCUUUCAGAUUAUCCAGGCCAAAGGACACCUUGUUCGCCAGCUUCAUCUUUCGAAUAGUAAAUCAGCAAACAAGAAAAUAGUUGGUAUCACCUCGCUUGAAUUGGAUCAAUUAGCUACCUACUGUCCAUAUAUGGAAAUUUUAGAAUUUGAUCAAAAAGUUUGGAAAUACAGCAGAAUGCCAAGCACUGCGAGAUGGCAUGAUAUGCGACAACUGCCAGCACUGAACAUCAACACCGUGCUGUCACUGCCACACAUAAAUUACUCAAAAUUAACACAACUCUCAUUGCAAGGUGAACUCGUCAGCACGCUGUUUGAUCAGCAACAAUCAGCACUGAUCAGGCUGUUGACCAACAUACCCCACUUGCAGCAUUUAUACCUCAACAGCAAGCAAAACAAAUCGCAUGUGAUUCAUGUGUCUCUCCAAGACAUGGAAUCGAUUCAUAGAGCAACACCCCAUCUUACAGAUCUCGAGCUGAAUGGAUCAUUUAAUUUGACCAUGGACUACACAUCUCCAUCUGAUACAUUAGAUUCCACGCAACAUCUCACACAAACACGCAUUAGACAUCUCAAACUAAAGGCUACGAUACCCCCUCAAUGGAUCUACUACAUGGCAAGAAAAUACCCCCAUUUACACGAGUUGGAUCUAGAAGUACUGGAUUCCACCAUGACCGCAUUUCAUACAACAACCUAUAAAAAGAAUGCCUCUUCUCAACACCAACUGCAGCCACACUUGGCUAUACCCUCUGCCAAGGAAGUUCAAUUCCUGUUCUCGAUGCUCCUGCAAUGCUGUCCUCAACUCCGCAAAAUGCAAAUAGAUAGUGUCACAGGUAAAAUGUACAUGACGGAAGCCUUCUUCGAUACUUUGGCUACACACAAGCACCUCAAGGAGAUCAAGAUGAAGCACUCAACAUACAACUUGGUGUCCAGAGAUCAGUUUUUCAAUCUGUUGGCAGCGAGAGGUCAACAUGUCAUCACGGGGCUGGGCACAGAAGUGAUAGGAACAGACACCCAUAUUGCCAAUAUUGUGGAUCCGCUGUCUCAUUUCACAAAACUCACAGAGCUUGUCUUGUGCUGUGGUCAUCCCUAUUUCGAUUGUGACAUUAGAGCCGUGCUCAGUGGGUGCCAACAGCUGCUGAACCUAACCAUUCGAUCUGCUCAUCUUAUGCUGCCAAAGCAACAGGAGCACCAUUCAGAACAGCAACACCCUCUGACAUCACUGCAUCUCAGCACCGUGUCAUUCUCUACACAUGUUUUUAGCUAUUUAAGCCAGACAUGCCACGCAUUAAAGCAACUCUCCUUUUACGAAUGCGACCAGCGAGACGACGCUGCCAACCAAAUACACAUCCACAUGCCUCACAACGAUUUCGAUCUGGUCCUGAUAAAUGGCAUUCGUCUCGAUUCUGUACCACUCCAAUGUCAUACAUGGUUACCAAACGCAAGACUGUUGACCAUUGAAACAGCGAGCUACAGCAGGAGAUGGUACCAUGCCUACAAUGGCAACAAUUGCUACCAUGAAACACCCAAGAUUCAGAGAUUGAACAAGCGAAAAUCAGCCAUUGCUGAACACUACUAUCAAUAUGGAUGGAUCAACAAUCAAAAAUACCUGCAAAAGGCGAUCAGUAAGAAUGCCAACAAAAUGCAGCAGCAAUCGCAAGGCUAUCUUUACUCGAGGACAAGCAGAGAAUGGGAGCAGGAUUUAUUCUUUGGCAGCAUCUCUAUUCAAUGCAAAACGAUCAAAAAGUGGGAGUUGAUCUGCAACACCACCUAUCAUGAAUUCUAA